AUUUGAUUGGAGGUGAAUUAUCAACAAUCAAUUAUUUAUAUAUAAUCAUCUUAGUCUUAACAUGAAUCAAAUGUAAGUGUUGCAGAUUCGGAUUAUAAUCCAUUUACUCAUCUCACCUGGUAUUAUUAUUAGCUGUUGUAUAACAGUGGAAAAUGUUCAACGCAGCAAUGAAUGAUACUCCCUUAAAAUUUUCAAAAAAUAAGCCCAGGCUUAAUGAUGACAAAGAUGAAUCUAGUCAGAGUCCGCCAGACAAAAGAUCUCGAGCUGGAAGUCGAAAUAGUAGAGAUAGACGCGACACUGAUAAAUCUGUUGAUUCAGAUUCAAAUGUUUCAUCUCAAGAUGUAAAUCGAACCAAUGCCCCAGGAAUAGCACCCCCUAAUAUGUGGGGAGGACUCAUGGGUAUGAGUUAUCCAAUGGUAGGCAUGAACAUGCUGAUGGACCCAAGUAUAAUGCAAAUGAACAAUUACAGUAUGAUUCCACCUAUAAUAGCCCCAGAUCCCAGCAUUAUUCCCAAUGAUUCCACCUUAAUGAUCAAUCCUGUUAAAGAGAUUAUACAUUGUAAAUCUUGUACACUUUUUCCCCCUAAUCCUAAUGCUCCACUACCAUCUAUUAGAGAAAGACCUCCAGGAUGUAGAACAGUCUUUGUAGGGGGUUUACCAGAGAAUAUGACUGAAGAAAUUAUUACUGAAAUUUUUGAAAAAUGUGGAGAGAUAACUACUUUAAGAUUAAGUAAAAAGAAUUUCUGUCAUUUGAGGUUUGUUUAUGAAGGUUCAGUUGAUGCAGCAAUAUUUUUAUCUGGGUACAGGGUUAGAAUAGGUUCCAAUACUGAUGCAGCCAAUACAGGAAGGUUGCAUGUUGAUUAUGCUCAUGCUAGAGAUGACCAAUAUGAAUGGGAAUGUAGGCAGAGGCAACUGCAGAGGGAACAACGCCAUAGGGAAAGGAUGGAAGAGGAAAGACUAAGACCCCCUUCACCGCCCCCAGUUGUACACUAUACUGAACAUGAGGCCACUGCUAUUGCUGAAAAAAUCAAACAAGAUGAGACUUUUGCUAAAGCUGUACAGACUGUUAUAACGUGGCUGGAAAGGGGAGAUUGUAAUAAAAGAAAUGCCAACAAUUUCUAUUCCAUGAUACAAUCCACAAACUCCCAUAUUAGGCGUUUACUCAAUGAGAAAAAUCAGUAUGAAGAAGAAUUAAGGAAAGCCAAAGAAAUCAUGAGAGGAAGAAUGCAGGGCAUUUUGUUACAAUUCGGUCAAAUCGAACGAUUGUUCUCUGCGGCGUGUCACAAGAAAGUAUGGGACCAUUUCACCAAAGCUCAGAGAAAGAACAUAGAAACGUGGAAAAGGCAGUCAUUGGAAAUAAAAAAUAUUCAACUGGAAGAGGGUCCCAGAGAGAAAGACGAUGACGAAAUGGAUGUAUCAGAUGAUGAUGAACCUAUCAAGAAGAAACAAAAGACUGAUGUAUCCAGUGACGACAUAUAUAGGGAGGAAAAUGAUAGUUUGAAGUGUCAGAUUGAAGCAUAUAAAAACGAGGUCGAAGUAAUCAAAUCUGACCACAAAAAAACUAUGGAGGAAAAAGACAAACAGUUUAAAAUGUUACAGCAAACUUUACAAGGAAUGCAGCAACAAUUAAUCGAUGCCAAAAAGAAACAGAGUGAAGAAGAGGCUCGGGUUAAAGAGCUCCAGUUGAAGCUGAAAGUCGAGAAGGGUCGACAGUUGAACGACAAAGAUGUCGUGGUCAUUGACAGUAGCGACAAUGAGCAGUGUGACUCUGGAAGCGUAGAGGAGAGUCCUUUGGAAAGCUUGCAUGGUUUUUCCGAAAACGACGUUCGAUUGGUGGGAAUAAUCUCGACAUUUCUCAACGUCCAUCCAUUUGGAGCGGGUUUAGAUUAUAUAUGGUCAUACGUCAGUAAAAUCGAAGCGAAUCUCAGGCCAGCGGAGAUUGAGAAUCUCAUGUGCAGAUUUCCUUCAAUCUUCAAACAGGAAUUGGUAGGAAUCGGCGCCAAUAUUGAGAGGAGGUGGAUGUUUAUAGCUUUUAAUUCAGAAUCUGGUGAUAAGAGUUAUUGAUGUUAUAUGGUUUUAAG